CAAUAUCGACCAAUAAUACGUUGAUUGUCAUUAUUUGUCGAUCAUUUUUGUACCGAGUAGUAUCUGAAAUUACAGUUCACUUGCAAGAGAGGGAAGUUUCUUUGUCAUUUGCAAUAUUUGAUGUGCAUUAUUUUUAAUCAAGGAAUCAAAUUUCAGUUCAUAUUUUGUUAAUGUUAAUAUUGUAUUAGAAAGAGCCAGUUGAGAUGAUGAAAAACUCGUUUAACUUCAAGAUUUUCAUUUCCUUGUUAAUUCUAUUGAUAAAAAUUAGUUGCGCAUUUAGUAUACAUUGUACAUAUACAUAUGAAUCUGGAUUUGACAAACACUUUUAUUGUAAGGCAUAUGAAUAUUGCUGUGGUCAGUUUUGCUGUAGAUCACGUGAAAUUAGUUUCUACCAGUUAUGGUACUUCUGGUUAAUGAUAAUACUGAUGUUGCUGAUGUGUUCUGGUGGUGGCUGGUGGUAUCGUUUCAGAUAUCGAAAUCAUUUUCACAAUCAGCAAAGUCAUUUUGGUUUUGCUGGAUCUGCAACACCUACUUUGGUCAGACCACAUGUAUAUGGUGCUAGGCCUUUUCAACCACCAACUUCAACACAAGGGCCUCCUCCACCUUAUCCAACACAAGGACCUUUACCUCCACAGCAAGCCUUUCCUGUCCAUCAUCCAAAUGCCAUAAAACUUACACCAUAUUUAAAUACACAAGGAACAGCUCCUCCACCGUAUACAGGCCCACCUCCAAGUUAUGAUGCAGCUGUUGGACAAGCAACUUCUAAUCACUGAUAUUUUUAGAGUAACAUUGACUAUUUUGGAUGUUCAACAGUAAUUUCAAUUAAACGUAACAUUCCACUCAUUGUCUUGGACUUUGAAACUGCAUGCUAACAACAAUUUUACAACCAGUGUUGCUGAUAUGAUGAAGCACUUCAUUUGAACUGACAGCAAAAUUGAGCCAUUUGGAAUGUUAUAGUCUGAUAAUGAUAGUCAUUUUUAUUUUACAAAGGUUUUAAAAAAUAGUAAUUGAAAAUAUUCUAAAAAUAUUUAAGAUAUAUUAUACUUUAACAGGAAAUUGAACAAAAUUUUUA